GAAUAAGCAAUAGUUCAUAAAACUUAAAACAUAUGUUUUACUCUGAAAUUCUGAUCCAAAAUGCGUUUUUCAUGUCUAUCAUUUCAUUUAACAAUUUAACAUUGCAUAUGAUGAGCAUGGACUCAAAAAACGCGAGCGUCAAACAGUCAAAUGUCAAAAAUGAGUCCUUUUGAAGCAGUCAAUAGACAUUUUAAAUCUACGGGAGUUUUGUGCGCAGUGAUAAAAACUGGUAAACUAAUCUACCUUUUCCUUCUAACAUUAUUACGUUUCAGUAGGGAUUUAAGAAAAUUAACUCGUAGUGAUCUAGUCUAGACUUGGUAGUGUCUCUCUUUAAAGCCAUAAGAGUAACAAGGACAAGUGAAUAAUACUAAUAGUAUUGGUCGAGUACCUGGAGAAAAUUUCCUAAAGUUGUUUAUUUUCGUAUUUGUGUUUUGACAUUUGACAGAUUGAUUAGUUAAUUUAGUUAGGUUAUUUGUUUUACAGAACAAUUCCAAUAUUUCCAAUGGAUAUGAAUAUGAAUUAAAUAAUAAACUGUGCUACUAAUAGAUGGGCGUGUUCCAGAGCCCCCCAUACCUCUUCGUCGGAGUGCUUGUCGAAAGGAUCCAAAUUCAUGCGGAGAGUUCCGGAAAACAACACGGCGUCUUGGGGAAUAAUCGUUAAACGGGACCUUAAGUUAGAAGUGGAAAAUGGUUACCAAAAAUUCAAAUUCUAUUUUUCUAGAUGUCGAUUCUAGCAUUGUGGAAAAUAAUCUUCGUAUAGCCAGUGAUUCCAAUGAAGAUGAAUUAAGUCAAUUAAUUGGAAAUGCAACUCCUAACUAUCCUUCUAAGGUGGUGAAGCCCUUUCCAGGGUUCUGCGUCAAAACUAAGGAACUUCACAACGCAACAAAGGUGUUCGUGAACAUAUGCAAAACCGACGCCAUACCGCCGCCUAAGGAUGUAAACGAAAACGAGCUUUUAGACAUCAUCUCGUCCGACACGCCCGGAGAUUUUAGGGUGCCCAUGAGCAUCGGUGAAAUUCGCGUAGAGAAGGACAAGAAGGGAGAAGAAGCGAAGGUCUGCGACAUAGCUAUCCAUCCGGACUUCUUCCGGAAGGUGGAAGAAAUCGAGGCUUUCAAGAACUUUUUCCUAACGAUCGUCUUUCAUGGAUUAGAAGAUAAGUACGACUUGAUGUGUCACGAUGAAAAGAUUAUCCUGAAGAAUCGUAAAGCCUUCGGCACUCUGCAGAUGCACAGGAUUCAACAAAGGGAAAUUGAUGAAAAAAUGGGGAGAUCUAGCGAAAAGUCGGUUUUGGAUGAGAUUACAGGUAAUAAUGAAGGAAGCCAGAAGAAGGUGGUGAUUGAAACGCUGUCGUCUUCUCAAAGUUUGACUAGGGAACCGGAAUAUAGGCUGUACAAGAGGAAAGAUCGACAGAAUUGUUUAAUAGGGGAGUUUAAGCUGCCUGACGUUAUUUCUGCUAGAGAGCUGACCUUAGACCUGGGAGAGGAUAGGAUACUAUUGGAAUCAAGCGCUAAGGGAUACCUCUUGGACAUCUUCAUUCCUUACAUCGUGAAACAAAAGAACUGUACAUCCACUUUCGACAGGACCGCAAAGAUAUUAACAGUAACAAUGCCCCUUGUGGGAGGUUGAUUUGUGUGCGAAGCCGUAUGUGGGAUGUUUUAAUAAGAGUGGAAAGAUGUAAUAGUUACAUUAAAUAUAUUUGUACUAAACGUUAUAGAUAAUAAAUGUUAGAAGUUA